GUGGAGUUGGAGACGGCACAUGCAGAGUUGAAGCUGACUAACGCCACCCAAAGGCUGCAGAGGCUGGAGCAGGAAGUACUGCUGCUGAGAGACAAAGGUCUGAACGUCACUGUGAGCACCGAACGCACCAAUCGAGAUGCAGCGAGCAUCAGAAAGGUUGCAGAGGACGUGAAGAAGGACCUGGACUCGGAGCUGAAGGAGAAGUAUGCCAAAGUGGAGCAGCUGAUUGGUCAGAAGGCCGGGGGUGUCGCUAAUGCAAAGAAGAGGGCGGAGUCACUGCAGCAGGAAGCUAAAGAGCUGCUGCUGAAGGCCAGCGACAAACUGCAGCUGCUCAAAGACCUGGAGAAGUCUUACGGAGACAACCAGCAGACUCUGGAGGUGAAGGUGGAGCAGCUGGUGGAGCUGGAGGCGGCCGUGAAGGAGCUGCUUCAGGAGAUCAGCCGCAAGGUCACCAUCUACUCCACCUGUCUGUUCUAGGGUUAGAUGUGUUGGAUGUGUUUCUGGUUAAAUUGUUUGAGAGCACAAAGUUCUUCGUAGAUUUAGAUUUUUUUUUUUCUUGAUGGGUUGCCGAUAGAUGAUUCGACCUUUGACCUUUACUCCGCACUGAAUCAGAAGUGACCUCUUUUACCAAUCAUAGAAGAGAGAGAACCAAAAUUAAAGAUGUUUAUUCCAAAAUCUAAUUAUGGUGUUUGAAUGAAAACCAAAGAUAUUUUAUGGGCUAUUCAAGACGUUAAGUAGCUAUAAAAUAUAAAUCUUGAUAUUUAAAGAAAACCUUUCUCAAAGCUUCAGUAAAGUUUUUAAAAUUGUACUUUUGAGUUUUGAAUGUCUUUGUGAAUGUAAUAAAAUGAAAGUUCAAGUCUAAAGUUAUGAAACAAUGAAUGUUAAAACCAUGUGACCACAGAUUUUUUUACUUUCUUAUUUUGUAUUUCCUGUUUGUUUUUUUGUUUUUACGUGGCCAAAAUUUUUUACCAAAAUCAUUUUUAAUAAACGCUCCUAGUAAAAUCCCAGAGUGCUCUGCUCCUUAUUAAACACCAGUUAAUACAUCUGUUUUAUAUCAUAUACCUACGUCUUGUAUCCCCUCAGAGUACCUGAACAUGAGCAUCACCUCCGGUUACAGGUCAUCAUGUUACUGUAGACAGAAACCUGAACAUAC